AUGGGGGUGGGUAGCACGACUUUUGGAGUGGUGGCAGGGGAUGUUGUGGUGGUGGCAGGGGAUGUUGUGGUGGUGGCUGUGGUCGUGAGUAUGGAUGGUGAAGUGACUAGAAGAGGCGUAGUGCUGAGAUAUAGGGACUGGCGGCAAGGUGGAGCCAGGGAUGGUAGCCGGGCUGUGCCAGAGAGUGAGAAUAGUGUUCGAGGUGGAAUGGUUAGAACGGGUAGCUCGCUUGGCAUGAGCUGACCACUGUGCUCAUCACGUAGAAUCAGAAACGCGGCAAUAAAGCAUAUGUCGAG